AUGGCGCAGACUUUUGAUGAUUUGUCGCAAAGGUUGAACGCCAGUGGGAGGCUCUUUGCGGCAGUUGCCAUCGGCAAAAAGUACAGUUCUUCAAAUUUGAUGGGAGAGCAAGUGCGCAGAAUGGCUGUAUGUAUGUCUCAGCUGCAUCGGGAUGUUAUUGACAUGGACGAUCCAAGCGGUAUGAUUGAUGUUGAGCGGAUUCUGAGCCAUGUCAAGGCCGAUGGAUGGCAGUGUGCCUCCUAA